UUAAGCAUAGGAGAUGUUUGCAGAUGAGUUACCACAUUAAGCAUAGGGCAUUUUUACUGAUAACGUUUUUCCACGAUUAUGAAACAAUUUUCUUUUCAAAUCUCUCAAAGAGCGUGUAACAGAAACAUGCGGUGUUUGUGCUUUCUUCUGUUUUUUACGUUUUCAUCUAACGUUUGGUGCUACGAAGACGUAAGCAUCACUAAUUAUAUAAAAACUCACAAUGGAUAUCUGUUUCUGCGUAACUUGAUGACACAAACACUUGUGAAUGAAACACUUAACCAAGGUGGUCCAUUCACGCUCUUCGCGCCAAGCGACGGUGCUUUCUUCUCGUUUGGUCAGGACAAGCUCAACGCCCUGUCAGUGGGACAACUAAAACGAAUCCUUGAGUACCACGUCGUUAACGGCUUUAUACUGACAUCAUCGGAAACGAAAGACAAAAAUCUUACCACUUUGCUUGGCGCUAGCAUACUGAUUUCACCGCAUGGAGGGCAUCUUGAUAUCAAUGACAACAAUACACAUGUUGGGCCGACCAGUGACAUUAUCGUUCAAAAUGGAGUCAUUCAGCCGAUUAAUCACGUUCUCGUACCGCCCGAGAAGUACCUUCCCGACGAGACCAUCAUCCAGGUGUUCCUUCUCGACAACAUCAAAUUCAAGGACAUCUACUUCGCACUGCUCUUCGGCAACAUGGUCAAUCAUUUGGAGAACGGGACGUACACAGUGUUUGCUCCAACGGACGAAGCGUUUGCCAAACACGCCAACAGGCUUCUUGAUCCUAGCCAACCCAACGCCAACAGGAUAUACCAAGUCAUUAUGCAGUAUCACGUCAUUCCGGGAGAAAUCCGAUCAAGCAGUCUGAAAAACGGACCUAUCUUCAGCGAAGUCGGGCAGGCCAUCAACAUUACCCUCGGAAACGGCGUAAUUUUGAACAACUAUGCCAGGGUAGUUGAAGCUGAUAUCUACGCUGUGAAUGGAAUUAUCCAUGCCAUUGAUGAUGUCCUCGUACCUCCCAACAUCCAAGAAUUGAUCAUGGGAUAGAUGUGGAGUGACAAAAAACGAGCGAGACGACUUUCAACACAUUAUGAAAAUGACUUGUUUAUGUAUGGCUUCUAAAGCAUAUUUGCAUCAUAAUAUCUGUAGCAAAAUAAGUGUC